AUGUCCGUGGAUGGCGCUGCGCUGCUCGCAGCCGCCGUCCGCGCAGCCUGCCAGGCGAAGGCGCCUCGUCGAACCACCCAGGCGGUUGCCGCUGCUGUCACGGGCGUUUUCGCCCGGCCGAUGGCAGACCGCGCCUCGACCGCGUUCCGAGGCGCCCGCCGGUGCGCAGGGCGCACCCGUUCCAGCUCCCGCCGAGGACCCUGCCGUCCUGGUGGACACGCCGCGGGCGGCGCUCAACGUGCUCGGAAGAAGGCAAGACGCCGCGAGACCAAGCAGGCAGCCUCCAUGACCGCGGACGUUCUUGCCGGCUCGGUUGACAGUAUGCCUCGCGCUGCUGAACCAACCACUGGUGGCGCGGCCGGCUGCGGCGCGGAGCCGUGGGGUGACUCUGCGGAGCGGUCCGCCCAGGCACCGCCAGGUCCUUCUGCCGGCGACACUCCACCUGGCGCACCCGCAGAAGGUCCACUCAUUCGGCCAGAAUCACUUGCCGAUCAGUCGUCGGCUCCAACAGGCACUUUGCGAGCCUCGGUGCAAUCUGGAACCUUAGGCCAGUCCGUCCAUACCUUCGGAAGGUCAGAGGUCGACGACACCGCUGUGGCGCCCGCGCAGUCUCGGCAGGGAACGGCCGCGCGGCGCCAUGCGCUGCCGCUCCUGACAGCAGAUCUGGGCGGCAUGGGAAGGGUCCGCCUGGCCCUCCAGCUCGCUAGCCCAUCAUCCGUGCUCAAGUAUUCCAGGUGGGUGGCUAAUACUGCGAGCAGUUCUGCUCUCUUGUACUUCAUGUUCCUGAGGCAGCUCAUCUGCUGA